UUGGUCGAUGGACUGACAGCCGCUGCUGGUGGCUAGAUUCGUCGAAACGAAACGGGUCGUCGGUGGAGCAUUUCUCGCUGUGCUUGUGUUGGUAAAGGCAAUAAUUCCGUGUUGGAUGCCGGUGGCGAAAUGAUUUAGUCUGUUUCGGUCGCGAUCCUAGACGAAAACAUUUCAUUCGGAGACCUCAGCGUCGUGACCAGCACCCAGAUCUUAUUCUUCCGACUCCCUCAACGACAAGAGCUGGACUCUGGUUCGGAAACCUAGUGAAAAUGCCUCAGGAUAACCCGAAAAUCAGACACCCAAUGAAUGCGCCACCGUGGCGGGAAGCUGCAAGUCUUAUUUUAGCUUGUCGCAGUCCGAUGUCCGACGUUGUGGGUAAUGACCUGGCGGACACGAUGAUUGCGACAAAAUGGGCCAACGGCUCCCAGACGACCAAUGGGAUCUCACGGUUCGAUUACAAAGUCCUGAUGGUGAAGCGCAGUCAGCUUUCCUCCUUCAUGGCUAACGCUUACGUCUAUCCGGGUGGACUCGCGGAAAAGUCGGAUUUCUCCUUGGAGUGGAUUAAAGUUUUCGAGCAGUGUGGGAUUUCAUUCGAUACGCUCCGAAGCGAGUUUGUCGACUGCGUGCAGGGACCGAGGCCGCCAAUGAUUGAGGAGCCGAUGACCAUCUCUCACAACGAGAAGAAGGAAAUUCUGGAAGGCUUUCUCCCGGCCGACAUUGCGCUCCGUAUCUGCGCAAUCCGAGAAGCCUUCGAAGAAACGGGCGUGCUGCUCGUGACAAGCAGCAAGCCCGACGUCAGCGCGCCGAUGCGCGCAUUCGAGCAGGACAUUGACCAGAACUCUUGGAGACAGAAGCUCCGGUCUGAGCCCAGGGCUUUCUUGGACUUGUGCUUGACGAACAAACUAUGUCCGAACCUCUGGGUGAUGCACGAAUGGUGGGACUGGCUGACUCCGAUCAGCGUCGGUCAUCGCAGGUACGAUACCAUGUUUUACGUCGCCUGUCUGGAUCAGAUGCCGAACGUGAUCCUAGAUCAGAGUGAAGUUGUAACGCUGCGAUGGACCACUCCGCUGGCGAUACUCGAAGAGUACAGCGGCGGCAGCGUUUUCCUGGCGCCUCCCCAAGUGUACGAGAUGUCGAGACUGGCCACCAUGAGCUCGUUUAAUAAUUUGGCGAAGUUGGCUCGAGAGCGCGAGCGUCUCGGCGUCGAGAGAUGGAUGCCCGUCGUCGGAGCGGCGAACGAUGGCGUCGUCGCCCUCCUGCCAGGUGAUGAUCUGUACCCCGCAGAACCGGAUAUCUAUGGGAAUGGACCGGGACCAGAAUACCCAUUCACCCUGGAAGAGGUGCGGAAACGCUGCGAGCAUCUGAAUCGCAUGGACGUUCAAGGACCUUUCGCGUGCGCCCAUUGUAACAUUCCGCCCCCGAGGGGCAUUCCUUGUCCGAUAAGUUACGUCGGAACGAGCCAGUUGAACUUCCAAUCUGUGCUCUGAUAGGAUGUGUCCCCACCGAUGGUCAGCCAUCUGCAUCGGAUGUAUGGUGUUAUACUUCGGUGGACUCCUCGAGACGGUCAAAGAUUUCCACUCCGAUAACUCUUGAGAUU